AUGGCUCAGUCCCGAAAGUGUGCAGCCCUGGCCGCUGGCUCCGCGGCCGUGGUGCUGUUGGGCGCGCCGGCCUUCACCACCAGCCCCGUCGGGAGCGAGAGCUUGGCCUCCGCGCCGCGCAGCUACGGCCAGGCCCACACUCAGGGCGCCUCAGUCGGAGCCGCCGGAGCCUCGGCCUGCUCGGUCGCUUCCAUGACGGGCCUGCUGGCGCUGGGCGCCGUUGGUGCCUCCAGGGCGAAGGUGGCAAGGGCGGCCGUGCUGACCAAGGACGACCAGGGGCGCUUCCGCUUUGAGGCGCCGGAGGUGCCCUUGGUGCCUCAAGAGCAGCCUGGUGCCGUCGCUCCCUUGGGCUUCUUUGAUCCGCUGGGUUUCAGCAAGAGUGGCCUCAUGACCUUCCCGGGUGAUUCCACGGGCUUCAAGCACCUCCGGGCCGCAGAGAUCAAGCACGGGCGGUUUGCCAUGAUGGCUGCAACUGGGUCCUUGUUCGCGACCUUCGUCAAGUUUCCGGGCUUCGAGGACGUGCCCACCGGAUUGGCGGCUCUCAGCAACCCCAAGGGUUUGGAAGGCUUCUCGCUCCUCUUCUUCUUGAUCGCAGGCCACGAGGCAGUGACAUGGAAGCCCGUGAAGGAGCCGGGAAGCUUCGGCGACCCCUUCAAGUGGAACCAGUUCACUUCGGAGAUGCGCACCAAGGAGCUGAACAACGGGCGCAUUGCCAUGUUCGCCAUCAUCGGACAAAUCGCUGCCGAGCUUCAGACUGGAAAACCAGGGGUGCAGCGGAAGCUUGUUCUAGAGCCACCAGCGUUCCAGUUCUUCCUCAUGAGCAAGGCGUUGCCGGGACCUCAGGCAGCCAACUACAACGACUUCAAGCAAUGGAUGCAGAGGUAUGGCCACUCUGGGCAUGAUGACGACGUCUCCAGCUUUCAGAAGUACCUGGAGUUCAUGGAGUACAAGAAGACUUCCAAGGAGCAAACGCCCGACGAGGCGCAGGGCUACCAGGACUUUUCGAAGUACUUGACUGGGCACGGAGGUGGCCCCGUGGACUUCCAGGAGUACAUGGACUACGACAAGUACAUGGCGAAGCACGAACAGUACGAGGACUUCUCGAAGUACAUGACGAUGCAGGGCGGAUCGACUCCGUCCUUCGACGAGUACCUGAACUUCCAGCAGUACACUGCAGGCCAGCAAGCUCCUGCCGCUCCGGACUACCAGCACUACCUGAACGUGCCAAAGUUCACGAGCGGCGGAAAGGACGUGCCGCAGGACUUCCAGCACAUGGCAGAGUUUCAGCACUAUCUGAAGAGCCAUGGCGGCCAGACCCCCGUCUCCUUUGCUGCAGACGAGGCAAACAAGUCGAAAUCGAAAUCCUCGCAUUCACACCACGAGCAGGCGGCAGAGGAGGCUCCGAAGCCGAAAGCGCAGGAGCCCGCGCAGAGCUCGGGAUACAUGGACUACCAGAAGUACAUGAGCGGGGACUGGUCCAAGUACAUGGGCGGAAGCGGCGGAAGCGGCAUGGGCGGCAUGAAUUUCCAGCAGUACAUGGACUAUCAGAAGUACAUGCAAGGACAUGCUUCCUCUGGAGGAUCCUACCAGCAGCAGUACAUGGACUACUCCAAGUACGUCCACGGUCAGGGCCACAAGGCCAUGGACUUCAAGCAGUACAUGGACUUUCAGAAGUACAUGAAGCAGAGCGGAAAUAGCCAGGCUGGGCCCGUCAGCUUCAUGGACUACUCCCAGUACACAGGUGGUGCUGCAGACUAUCAGAAGUACAUGGACUUCAAGAAGGACAUGGACUGGCAGCAGUACAUGAACUACCAGCAGUUCAUGUCAGGCGCUUCCUUGAUUGUUGUACAGCUCUUCGGAGAGGGCUUGAG